AUGUCGUCUUCUGUUCACUUCAAAUUCAAGUCCCAAAAAGAACCAUCAAGGGUGACUUUUGACGGCACAGGAAUAUCAGUAUUUGAACUGAAGCGAGAAAUCAUCACCCAAAACAGAUUAGGCGAUGGCAGUGACUUUGAAUUGUCCAUCUACAACGAGGAUACUAAAGAAGAAUACGAUGACGAUACAGCGAUUAUCCCACGUUCAACCUCCGUCAUAGCGCGCAGACUCCCCGCAGCGCGACCAGGAAAAGGUGGUGCUGCUCGCUAUGUCUCUGGAAAAAUGCCUGUUAUGGCACGCACGUCUACACGAACCGAUUUGCCUUCGUCGGGUCGAAAUACAGGUGGUGCUGGUGACAAGUCCACUAUCCCGGGGCUUGAUAGCGCACAAACAGAAGAUGAAAAGAUCGAUGCUCUGUUCAACUUGCAGGCGAACCAGUGGAAGGAACAACAGCAAGAAAUGGCCAAUGCGGUUCCAGUUGGCGCUGGAAGGGGCCGAGGAAGGCCAUUAAAUGUACCAGAUCAUCCACCUCCUCCGGGUUAUCUUUGCUAUCGUUGCAGGGAGAAGGGUCAUUGGAUUCAAGCCUGUCCAACAAAUAACGAUCCCAAGUUUGACGGUCGGUACCGUGUUAAGAGAUCUACUGGCAUCCCUCGGUCUUUGCAAACAAAGAUAGAAAAGUCCGCAGCCAUGGCUGUAGAUGGAUCCUCAGAGGACCUCAAAAACUCUGGCGUGAUGGUGAACGCUGACGGUGACUUUGUUGUUGCCAACCCCGAUAAGGCCGCUUGGGAGGUGUAUCAAGAAAAAAUGAAAGCUUCUGCAGCCGCCGCCGCGGAGGCUGCUGCCGCUGAAGGCAGCAAAGAACUUCGAGCUAGAGGAUUGGAAUGCCCAGUUGACAAGCGUAUGUUCCUAGAACCAACCAAGACACCCUGCUGUCAACAAACAUAUUGCAAUGAAUGCAUCACCAAUGCUCUCAUUGAGAGUGAUUUUGUUUGCCCGGGAUGUUCUACUGAAGGUGUAUUGCUGGACAACCUUACAGCCGAUGAUGAGGCAGUCUCUAAGAUUAAAACAUACGAGGCUGAGAAGGCUGAAGAAAAGAAAGAGAAGGAAAAGCAGGAGCAAGUUGAGAAAUCAAAUGAAACCCAAGAGAAAGACGACGAAACACCCAAGGAAACCCCCCAUCCUACUACAACUGCGUCCCCCUCUGCCGUACAAGAUAAGCCCGAAACAAGCCAGGGCAAGAAGAGACCGGCAGAAGAUGAGCCUGAAAGCGAAGAAACCCCUGAAUCAUCUCUCGCUGCAAAGAAACCGAAGCCCGACGACCAGCAAAGCGACACGGAUGCGCCGCAAAAUGCAACUCAAGACAAUGCCGCAAACAUGAUGCCAUUUCCCUUCAACCAACAGAUGCCAUUCCCCAACCCGGCAUUCUCUCAGCCCCAUGGUAUGCCCUCAAUGCCUUUCCCAGAUAACAGUUUCAUGACCAAUGGAAUGGGCAUGAUGAACCCUAUGAUGGCUAUGAACUUUCAGCAGCAAGGAAACAAUGGCUGGAACCCAAUGGGUGGAGGCAACUUUGGCUUCCCGGGUAAUGGAAUGUUUGGAGAUGGUUCUAUGUUUCCCGGGAAUAACUUUGACCAAGUUAACUCAUUCAAUCCAAUGCAAGGCGGGCAGUCAAAUAAUUUCAUGCAAGCACAGUCUAUACAAGCACAGUCUGGAUAUCCAUAUGGUGGUGUAGGGAUGAAUGGGUUCCCGAACCCACAACGAGCGAGCUUCAAUACCCCCGCCAGCAACGACGAUAAUGCGUACUUUCGCCAGCCAGUGAAUCCACACAGGCACCAAGCGAGGCAACGCCGAAUCCGACCAAGUGAUUACCGUGAGCUGUAA